UUGCUUCUUUCUGCCUCUUUCUGACGAAGCCCAUUGAAAUGGCUUUGGUUUUGGCUAUGGCUUUGGCCAUGGUUUUGGCUGUGGCUCAGGAGGUUGAGGGGCAGCUUAUGGUAGGUUUCUAUGGUGAAACAUGCCCCCAAGCCGAGCCCAUUGUCCGCAACGUCGUUAGAGAAGCUAUUCUCUCCGAUACCAACAUGGCACCAGUCUUGCUCAGGCUCCAUUUUCACGACUGCUUCGUUGAGGGUUGUGAUGGGUCAAUUCUGAUUGAGAACGGCCCAAGCGGUGAGAGGCAUGCAUUUGGUCACCAAGGCGUUGGGGGAUUUGAAGUGAUAGAGAAAGCCAAGGCAGAGUUGGAGGCUGCAUGCCAAGGCGUGGUUUCUUGUGCAGAUAUUGUGGCCUUGGCAGCUAGAGAUGCUAUAGCCAUGGCUGGUGGACCGGCGUACGAGGUGCCUACUGGCCGAAGAGAUGGGGUGGUUUCAAAUAUGUCUCUGGCAGAUGACAUGCCGGAUGUUAGUAAUUCAAUCCAACAGCUCAAGGUUAAGUUCAUGCGCAAGGGCCUUACAGAAAAGGACCUUGUCCUCCUCUCUGCUGCUCAUACAAUAGGGACAACAGCAUGCUUCUUUUUGACCGAAAGGCUCUACAACUUCUUUCCAGGAGGGGGAUCGGAUCCAGCAAUCAACCCCACUCUCCUCGUCGAACUAAAACAAAAGUGCCCUCAAAACGGCGACGUUAAUGUGCGGUUACCCAUUGACCAAGGAAGCGGGCAGGCAUUUGACCCUCAUAUUCUGCAAAAUAUCAGAAAUGGGUUCGCCGUGUUAGAAUCCGAUGCCAAGCUCAAUGAGGACGCAGUGACCAGGGGUAUAAUGGACAAUUACUUUGGUUUCUUCAGUAAGCUCCCAUUUGGACCUUCUUUUGAGGCAGAUUUUGUCGAAGCAAUUCUAAAAAUGGGCCAGAUUGGUGUAAGGACAGGUUUCCAGGGUGCGCCUAGGCGAGUUUGUGCUAGCUUUUAGCACAAAGGAUGGAUGACAAUACAUAGGAGGCUUUAUACGAUGUUAUGCAUAAUGCAUUGAUUGUGGUGGUGAAUGGUGUAGAUAGGUUCAUGUUGUAUAUUCCCAGACAUCUAGGCUCUAUUCACUAAUUUUUUUUUUAAUCCUUCUCUUCUUUUGAUGUUGUUGCCAAUAAUAGGGUUAGCUGAUAUCUUACACUAAUAAAUACUUAUAUUAUAUAAGCAUUGAUUGUUAGAGGUGUCAAAUGGACAUGGCCAACUCAAGCACAACAUGAGUCCCGCCCGAUUAAGGCUUGGCACGACCUGGUUGUAUCGUUGAUGCGGUAAUUCGGCCCAUUUGAAGCCUAUUUAUUAAAGGGAG